AUGGCUGUUAAUCGUUUGGACCUGGCCGAGUUAGACAUGGAAAUGAGACAGUCUCAGCCUUCAGCUUUGGAUGCAUUCACUAGGAAAGAAUAUUUACAAGCACGGCUGUAUUCAUAUGCUCCUCUAGUGGCCAAGCCCAGUUCAGAUGCCCUUGUGUUUAGAGGCCUAACACGAACACAAGUCAAGAGGCUGAGAACACCAAUAGGACCUCAUGUAGAGCCAUUGCCUAUUCUACAGAAAUAUCAGAUGGUGAAUAAACCAGAAUACAUUCAACAGAAAAAUCUAGAAGCAUUGGAGUUCAAAAGAAAACUGCAGACAGAAGCAACAUUGGAUGAUCAAAAAAGGCUGAAACGAGCUGGCUCUGUUGAUCCACUAGAAUUUGUUCCGAGGGCUCCGGAGUUGCCGCAGGAGCUUAAAGAAAAACAGGAAGAAAUGGUGCCUAGACCAGUAACACCACGAGAUGCCAAAUGGAAGUCUCCAAAAGCCCAUGCUACUGGUCCUUCCCUGCCUGCCUCUACAAAGAUGAAACAUCUAAGCUCCUACAAUGGAAUAAGAGACAUGCAUAAGAUUAUCUCCAUUAUUCGGACGGAACCUAAACUUGGAUUCUUGUACCUGAGCCCUGCAGUACCAAAGUCAUCAGUUCAUUACCAUUACUACAACCUGAAGGUUGUGGGUCAUGAGCAUGUGUACAAACCAGAUUACCUGACCAUCAGCCAGAAGGGUAUCACCAGGAUGAGAGCAGAUGAUGAGACAGAGUUUGUUGUGUUGGAUAGGUGGGAACGGGAGGUGAUGUACUUUGAAAAGUUGAUCAAGAUCAAAACAUUUGCCAAGUUCCGUGUAUGGAAAGCUUUCAGUGUAUGGAGGCAGAACGUCAGAACAGCAAAGACCAAAGAUUGUAAAAAAGCUUUGAAUGAAAAUUUAUUUAUUGUGAAUCCAUCCCUGCGACCUGCUUUGUUGAAUGUCAGAGAAAUGUGUCAUAGAAUCAGCGAGAUGGGCUUGUGUCAUAUUGACAGGGAUCAUACGUAUACGCUGUCAGAAUUCAUGGAGGCUCAGUUCUAUCAGCUGAAUGAUGUCGCUGCAAGACUGCAGGACUUCAGGGAGCUAGUGAAGGAAGUUGUUCGAAGUGCUUGCCGAACGGCUUUGCUGGAAGCUGGUUUCACCCCAGAUGACUAUUAUUACGAUGGUGCUGAUACCCCAGGAAUUUAUGGUGAUUUUGCAGGUGCCCCGGGCACGUCAUCCUCUUACCUGAUGCAGUCAAACUAUGACAUGGACAUAUACGGGGAAGCUCCAGAGAGAAUGACAUACACAGAACAGGCAAACAAGAGAGCUCACUGCAAGAGGCUCAGCUGUUUUAUUCGACUGGCAGACUACCUCAUUGUGAACACCAUGCAUGUGUUGGCCGUGAACUCAGUCACCACGCUACUGAACUAUCUCACAGAGCAGCUACAGAACACUCUCACUCUGGAGGAGAUCCUCAGCUAUGCCUACAAGGAGGAUAAGAAACAAGAGGAGAAGAAGAGUGAUAAAGAUAAGGCUGAAGAGGAUGAGGAGACAAAGUCGCCACCAAUAUUUAUAACAGAAUUCUUGCUGGAACCAAACCAGCUCCUGUUUUUGCCGGAUCACAAUGAUUUUCACACUGGAGUGUCAGAGGUCAUCCAGAAAUUCCAGGAUGCAGUUCUCAGUGUCCAGAAUUUGGUUCCUGAUCCUUAUUUUGAUGCAUUUACAAG